UCAACAGUUAAGAGAGGAAUAAAAUGACAAUGUCAUGGUCUGCAACAGCUCUUCCUUUUAAUCGAAUUCCUCCAUUCACUGAUGAUGUUACUGCUGCUGCUCCAAUUUGUAUCUCCAUCAUCAAUAUUUCCGAAGCAUUUAGUCCAAAACGAAAUUGGGUUGGUUUCUUUGUCUCUGAGAAACAUUCGAAAGCAAGUACUUGUUUGGCUCAUUCAAAGGAGAAAACUGUAGUGCAUGCCUACCAGGGAGUGUGGGAAGAGCCUGAUGAUGGUAGUGGCAGUGAAUAUGAUGAGGAUGAAAAUGAAAAAAUGGAAGAAGAUGACAUGGAUUUUGAGAGCGACUGGGAAGAAGAGACAGUUGCUUCCAGUGCAGCUGACACUUAUAAUGGGUCCACAAUAAAUAAGUAUGAAGAAGAUUUUGCAAAAGAGGUUGAGCAGCUUUUGGAACCUGAAGAGAGGGCCAUUUUGGAGCAGAACACAGCUCCUAAUCUGAGCAAAAUCUCAACAGAAAAAUGGAGCCCAUUUCAUUCUCUUGCACUAUCAGGACAGAUUCAUUUCAUGGACAAACUACUUGAAGACAGCCUCGAUAUUGACAUUGUCGACAAAUAUGGUUUCACUGCCCUACAUAAGGCCAUUAUUGGUAAAAAGGAGGCUGUUAUUAGUCAUCUUUUGAGGAAAGGUGCCAGUCCUCAUGUCAGAGAUCUGGAUGGUGCUACACCGCUUCAUUAUGCAGUUCAAGUUGGCGCCUUCCAGACUGUGAAAUUAUUGAUCAAAUAUAAGGUUGAUGUGAAUGCUGCAGAUGAUGAUGGAUGGACUCCACUGCACAUUGCCAUGCAAAGCAGAAGUAGAGAUAUAGCAAAAGUUUUGUUAGUGAAUGGUGCAGAUAAGACGAGAAGAAAUAAGAAUGGAAAAACUGCACUGGAUCUAAGUUUUUGUUACGGUAAAGAUUUCAAGUCUUAUGACCUUGCUAAGUUACUGAAGGUUGUGCCUGCAAACAGUGAUCUUUGAUUGGCAGUGAGCAUCAACAACAAUGCAGAGAGAGACUAUUAAUUUUCAUCAUGAAGCUGAAGUCAGCAUAUGCUUCAAGGAUUAGAGCAUGCUCUCACCACGAGGAUUUGGUUUAGAGGAUGAAUUGAUCUGAAGCAGCUUUAAAAGCUGGCUCGGUUUGACAAUAUUGACAGCGCAUUUUGAAUCAAAGUAGUUGAAAUGCAGAUGAUUUGUUAAAAGUGAAUUUGUUUAUUGGGGGCAUUAGAAUGAAAUGGAUUUAGAAUGAAAUUUUAUAUGGUGAAUAUCUAAAAUUAUAAUGACUAAUUUCAUUCUAUUUCAUUCC